AUGUGGCAGCUUCGUCAACACAAAUUUUUCAAAUCAGCCAAGAGAAACGCAAUCCGAGUGGAGGACGAUUUUGGGAGCGAUGAAGAAUCCUAUUCCAAUGAUACUGACAGUGACGAUGGUUAUGAGGAUGAAGAGAGUGGAAGGGGAAGUUUCAUAACCUUGGACGGAGAUGGUGAUGAAGAAGAGGAAUACAGUCAUGAUUCAGAAGAUGAGCAUCGGGAUCAUCAGUUUAUCAACUCCCGUUUUAGAGGCUAUUCACGAAACAGAAAUUUAUCACGUAAAAACAAAUUGUCAAGAAGAGGUAAUAGUGUUGAUCAAACUCAUCGUCUCAAAAAACAGAAACAUGAAAAGUUAGAGUGUACAUUAGUGAUAGGAGUUGUUGUGUUUGGAUUAGCAUUAUUAUUAAUUUUAGGAUUUAUUACCAUUUAUUCAAAAUCAAACAAUAAUCAUAUUUUGCAAAAGGACAACGAAAAAGGUUUUAUUGUUCAUAAUUCAAAUGAAGAUGAAACUAAAAUUGAUAAUGAUGGAGAUGGACAUCACUCACAUUCUCAUAUUUUGCGAGGAGAUGCAAAGCAUGGGAAGAGAAAGGCUAGAACGAAAAUUCCCAAAAUUCGAUCUCGUCUCCACCAUCAUGCAGCUAGCAAUGCAUCCUCGUACUUUGAAUCGAUCUUACCAGUUUUACCGUUUGACGAGUUCAUAUUUGAAAAUAAUCCAAUCUCCAAAUAUCGAUUUUACACAAAGCACAAAAUGAGUAUACAAAGAUUUGACAAUGUUCAUCUUGGAAAACAUACACCACUUGUGUCUGUCAUAACCACGUGCAGGAAUUUGGUAGAUGCGUUUAAGCAUACACGAGAUUCAAUUAUUCAUCAAACUUUGAAGUAUUUUGAAUGGGUGGUAAUUAGCGACACAAACGAUGCGAAAGGUAAACCAAAAGACUUUUUGUUAAAAGCUCUGAGGUUGAGUCCAAUGUCAAAUUUGAUUUCACAAACAGAUGCAGAGUCAGUUUUUAAGAGCGACAAAAUAACUCUUGUACAAAUGGCAAAAGAGCUUUCAACAGGAGCGCUAAGAAACAUCGCCACCAAGCAUAUUUCCCCUUAUUCUAGAUAUCUCAUGUUUUUGGAUUCAGGAGACAUGUUAGAACCCUCUGCCUUAGAAAAGAUGUUUUUAUUUAUUGAGAUACAAAAAGAGUCUAGGAAAAACCAAAAGAAGGCCCUUAAAACAAUUUCAUUGAUUAAUUCAAAUAGCGUGCAAUUUUCCAAAAUAUACUUUUUCAAUUUUGAGAAAUUCCAAGAGAUGACCCAUAGGAUUCCUUUUGAACCAACACCAUUCUCUAGCUUCAUGAUUGAAAAAGAAGUAUUUGAUAGCGUAGAUGGAUUCAACACUCAAUUUGAUAACGGACUAGAGCUAUGGGAUUUUUGGAUGAAAUUUAUUAAUGCAGGUCACAGAGGAUGGACCAUGUCAGAAACUUUAAUUUGGAAUCGAAUUGACGAAUCCAGGAAAAUAGGAACCAGGGUCGAGCAUGAACCUAAUUCCCAAGAGCACGAAUUUAUUGAGACACACCUUAAAAAACUCUAUCCAUCGCUGUACAAAAAGAAAGCGCUGGAAUCGCUUAAAAAGCAUGGAUAUCUGAAAAAAAUUAAUCCUGAAGUACAAAUUUCCAAACCAAUCAUACGAAGAUUGUCCCAUCAACAUCACAAAGUUCACAAAGGAAACCACAAAUCAAUAUUGAUUAUUACAGAAAAUUUAAAUCAUGACUUGCACAAGUUGGAGAUCGUACAGCAGUUAUUGACAGCUUUUUCUUUGGAGUACAAUUGGCACGUAACAAUUAUCACAACUGAUGGAUCAGGGUUUAACCACCGAUACAAGUCAGAAUUUGAGAGAUUUACCAAUGACGUGUUUCAUGUGCGAAAUAUUGUAGACUCCAAGGAACUGGUGAACGAAAAGCAUGUGUCGCUUCUAGCGAUGUAUUUAAUGAGCUCAAGACACAUCCACAACGUUUUCAUUUUCGAAAGCCAAUUAGCUUAUAAGAUUUUACACAUGAUUCCACAGGCCAUAGCUGAUUAUACGCAUGUCAUAGAUUACAUGUACUCCACUCAUACUACUGAGUACAUUAAGGAAAGUGUUAAGAAUGAUGCACUGUUGCACAAGACUUUUCUAUCCUCAAACGAUCUCUCGUCUAAUUUUGGACAGUUCAUCGAAAUUAAGUCCGACAAGAAGGCGUUGCUGUUUCCUUCUGCUGUCAAUAAUCAUGCAUGGUCACCUUUGAAUUCGGUUACAGAGUUUUCACAAUAUCGUUAUCAAGAAGAGAAGGCACAAAGAUUUUCAAUGUUAGGAGACAAACAAGUUUUGGAAUUUGAUAACAAUGACCAUCUCGUGCUAAGUUAUAUAAUUUCUGGAGAGGAAAAUUCUCGUUGCGACAGCAUGAUUCUCAAAAUUCUUUCCAAGAUAUUGCAAAACACACAAGAAAAUCUAAAGAGCAUCAAAAUAAUGCUCCUUACCGACAUACGAUCAUCCUAUCUAUUGGAUCAACAUCCAGAUCCGCAAAAGCGAAGCGUAGAAUAUUUAUCUGAACAAGCCAAAAUUUCAUCUCAAACACUUGCUCCGUUCGAAGAAUUAGCAAAGAAUCAUCCAUCCAGAGUUUUAUUUGUCAAACCAACCACACAAUCCACCACAAGAUCUCUUCGAAACGUUUUGAAACGCUUUUCUCCCCUAGCUCAUAUUACCUUAAUGACAGAAACAUGUCCUAAUGUGGCCAAAGAUUCUCCUUCUGUCACGCUUGCACCAACAAUUUUCCAAGCGAUGGCCAUUAAGAACGCAGUUAUCGCCCUCCACAACAAUAAUCCGUCUGUAGAGUCUUUUUUCAAGAGUUUAACGUUGGAGGUUCUGUUUCCUUUGAUCUGA